CACAGUUCUCGUAGUUUUAUUUUACAUUAAUUUAACAUCAUAAAAAUGAGUCAUAAGGAACAUAGUUCCAGGAUUUCCAGUGAACACUGCAAGUGCAGGGAUACUGUUCUUACAAUAACUCUAAUAUGUAUCUGAUGAGUUAAAUAACCUGCAGCAUAACUUAGUGGCCAUGUACAGUUUUCCUAGACAAUGUAAAUAUUUUGGGGUGGGAGAGAACUAUUCACAGGUCCCCAGUACAAGACUGCAGGUUGCAGGCAAGGCACAUUCAAAGCUGGUGAGGAUCCCAGCCACGUGGUCCAGCUGAAACUGCAGCUGCCUGCCUUCCUGCCUUCUCCUCCUGCAUGGGUUACUCAGCUGGCAGUACUGCCUUGCCAGGGCAUCCUUGUGCCCUGGUGGCACAGCAGGCUGAGAUGGCUGCCUAGGGAGUAGGGAAGCCACAGAGGCAGCAGGGAGAAAUGAGAGGGAAAAUGCAUAUCAAGGUUAAGAGAGAGCUCUGUGCAGCUCCCAAAGCAAUAAUUUGGUCCUUGCCUAAAUCCUAUUGUGUGGGGACAGCAGGCAGUGACCCAGUUGGGCUCCAGAGGUGCUCUGAUGAUCCAGAAGAAAGAAACCUGAGCUUCUUCCAUGCUGUGGGUUGCUACCCAGGCAGACCAGGUUGUGCAGGAUGUGUUCUACUGCCAUACACACUAUACAACACAAUGGAGCUCCAGCUUGCUCUUUCCUUGACUUAAACCCAUCACACCAUUUUGUAAUGAUGUAACAUGAGCUCUCACCAAGGGAUCAGUGACUGAGAGUGGGAUCCCAAGGGAAAAACAAAGGUUCCUUCCUUGCUCUCCUCUGUGCUGGCUUCAGCUGUUCCUAAUCAGCCUGAAGAGCCCACACCCUUGCAGCCCUGCCCCUUGUAGGUCCAGAGAUAACUGAGCCAGCACUGUUAUCUCUGGCCUUUAAGUUGUAGAAACAGGCUAUGAGCUGGGUUAGGCAUGGCUUGCUGAGUAUGCUGAUUCCAUUGGGAUGGCGCAGUGUGGGGAGCACUGCUUGCCAAGACAACUGUGCAGUGGUCCCAAGCUCUGUCCUUGAGCUCAAAACUGUCUUCAGAUGCCUUCAUGAAGCCAGCGCUGAUGGAGAAGGUCCCAUCACCAGGUGGGAGGGCACAGGGGCUCCCAGUGCUCACCUCAGGUGCCAAUGAGAGAACUCAGCAGCAAAAGAAAAACAGUGGCUUUGAAGAUGAACUUUCUGAAGUCCUUGAAAGUCAGAAUGAUGAGAACAAGCAAAGAGAUGUGGCACAACAGCACCCUGAGGAGGAGCAGCCCACAGCAUCCCUGGCUGAGCUGGCAGCACAGAAAACCCAGCAAAAGGAAGAUGUGAGAGAAGAAGGAAAAAAUAGCCUGGAGGUAGGGGAACCUAGGCUGCAGGAUGCCAGCCCUGGUGAGAAGGAUGAUCAGGACGAAGCAGAGAGCAACGAGAUCAAGGAUGCAGAAGAUGCGCGAGGAGAAGCAGAUUUGGAUAACCAUGUUGACAAAGAUCUGGGUGAGGAUGAGCAACAGCAGCGAGGGGAAGGAGAGGAGCAGCGCAGAGGCCCCAGAAACAGCCUGGAGCUUGAGGAGGAAGGAGAGCAGCCAUCCAGGCAGGGCCAGGGGCAGAGCAAGGAGGAGGCAGCAGAGGAGCGUGUGGAGCAGGAGGACGAUGGAGAAGAUGCUCCUGGAGAGGAGGACCCUACUGAAGCAGAGAGAUUACUUGAUUUGGCUGAGGAGGAUGGGGAGGCAGAGGAGAUGCAGGAAGAUGAUGGUAAUGAUGAUGCUCUGGGAUUUGGCAAAGAUGAGCAGAGCUCUGAGGAGGAGGAAGAGCAGCCACGUGUACUGAGACGAGGAAGGCAUCGCCUGGAGGAUGAGGGAAUGCAGGCAGAGGAGGACACCUUCCGGUCCAGGGAUGCCAAAAGUGAGGAAAUGGAGGAUGAGUCCUCCAGGGAGUGGGAAGACUCCAAGAGGUGGAACAAAAUGGAUGAGCUGGCCAAGCAGCUGACAUCAAAGAAGCGCAUGGAGGAAAAUGACAGUGGAGAAGAUCCAGACAGGUCCAUGAAAAUGGCAUUCAGGUCCCACAAGUAUGACUUCAGUAGCCCAGAGGAAGAUGUGAGAAGGUCAUGGAAGCAUCACUCAAAGGAGGACAGCAGUGAAGGAUUUCCACUUGCUCCCAUGCCUGAAGAAAAGAAGGAUGAGGAAGGCAGUGCUAACAGGAGAACAGAGGACCAGGAGCUGGAGAGCCUUGCCGCCAUCGAGGCCGAGCUGGAGCGCGUGGCCCACAAGCUGCAUGAGCUGAGGCGGGGCUGAGGGCUGGCCGCAGCCUCUCUCCACCGUGGUCUCCCUUCCCGGUCUCAUGCCGAGUACGAUGAGCAGAAGCACCGCGCCUUGGACGCCGGCCCCACGGGCGCCAGGCCUGCCUCCCUCGCAGUAGUGUUGUGCCCAUCACCGCUUCUUGCCCCCACGCUCCUCUGUCCCCUACGGAUGUCCACCUGCCCCAUCGGGCCACCGUAGCCAAGAAGUGUGACCUACACCUGUAUUUUCUCUCUCUUUCUUUAUUUUUAUUUCCUUCUUCCCCUUCUGUUUUUUAAAAGAUGGGAGAGCUCUCUAGGAAGCUCUCCUCCCACCGGUAGUUUCACUGGGUAAAACUGCAAUAACUUGUUACCUUUUGAUUAAAAGCUGAGAACUCUGACUGUAAUAUAUUCUAUAUAAAAAAUUUAUCUAAGGAAAAAUAAAACCACGGUGGGCUCUUUGCUUUCUUUGCCAGCUUCCAUGUCAGUGGGCUGCAUCCCCUCCCCACCCCGGUGGCCUCCCAGCCUCACCACAACGCUUGGGUGGCUCCAUGUGGCUGAGGUGGGGGCUAAGG